AUGGGCUCGAUCGGCGACGCCCAGCAAACGCCAGUGGAGUUUGAGUUCUACGCCAGCUGCGACCUGAACAUCCAGGUCCAGGUGCGUGUGGACCGGCUGCUGGGCUGCCUGCCAGCCUAUCGCGAGGCCGCGGCAGGCGGGGAGGGCGACAGCGGCUGCGCGCCGCGCCCCUCGGCGCUGUGCGUGGAGGGGCGGGUGUGCUCCUAUGGCGAGCCGCUCGGCAUCCCGGCGCGCACGCCCUGGGCGGAGGCAGGGCCUGCGGGGGCCAGCUGGGACGCCUGGCUGUCCUUCCCCAUCAAGUACCGCGACCUGGGGCACGACGCCCAGCUGGCGCUGACGGUGUGGGAGGCGCGGGAGGGCGUGCCCCGCCGCGCCCUGGGCGGCACCACCCUGCGCCUGUUCAGCAAGAAGGGGCGCCUCAAGAGUGGCGUCCAGGAGCUGCAGCUGUGGCUGGGCAGGGGAGCGGACGCGGGCUGGCCCAGCGCCACGCCCGGCAAGGUGCCCGUGGCGCAGCGCGGAGAGCUGGGGCGUGUGGAGCGCGUGCUCAAGCAGUUUGAGCGGGGCGAGGUGCAGCACGUGGAGUGGCUGGACCGGCUGGCGCUGCGGGUGGUGGAGGAGGCGCGCGGCCGCGAGCAGCAGCGGCGGGUGGAGGAGGCGGAGCAGGCGGCGGCGGGGGCGGCGCCCAGCAGCGGCGGCAGCGGCGACGGCAGCAGCAGCAGAAGUGGAGGAGGAGGCGGAGGGCGGGCAGGCCCUGGCGUGGCCCCCGGCCAGGUGCAGGUGCAGGUGGAGCUGCCCAGCUUCCCGCGUGCCGUCAUCUACCAGCAGGCCUCGGUGGCCGGCCACUCUGCCGGCAUCGGCGCUGCCGCCUCCACUGCCACCGCCGACGCCAUCGGCACGCCGCUGGCGGGCGCGCCCGGCGGCGCGCCCGCGCCCGGCGCCGCCACCACAGGCGGCGGCGCGGCGGGGCCGCUCAUCCUGCUGCACGACGCGGAGGUGGGUCGGGAGAACCCCGCGGAGGCCAAGGCCGCCAAGCUGGCGCGCAGCCUGACGCGCGGCCUGGUGGACAAGAAGCUCAAGCCCGACACCGAGGAGCGGCGGCGCAUCGAGGCG